GUUAAAAACAUGAAUGUCACCAAGCGAAGACGUUGUCAAUGUGUUUUCUCUGAAGAAGAAAUGGCUGCCGUAUCUGACUGUUUUUCCAUUGGGAGUGUAGUGUGGUGCAGAACUUGUUAUAACACAGAAUUCGAGGGGGAAGUUCUAUCCUUCGACUCCAACUCAAAAAUCUUAAUUCUGAAAUGUUGUUCUUCAAAUGGAGAUCCUAAGUUAAAUGAUAUACACUUCAUAAAUCUAGCCCUAGUAAGCGAACUGCAGGUCAAAAGAGAGUCAGCAUCCCCGCCAGAACCUUUACAAUCAUUAAAUAUAGAAAGAAUUAACAUUAGGGUAAAAAAUCAAGUUGAGGAAAAACGACGGAUACUUCAAGCCAAAUCCACAAAUGCAUCCACAGAAGGCCAGAGUGUAUUCAUAGCCAUUGCUAAAGUAAUUGAUGAAAUUAGUUGGAGGAACUCUGAAAUAAUUGUAUUUAAUCAAGAAUUUUCGCAGGUCAUCAUCAGCCCGCCUUACCAACUGGAAAAUAUCAAAGGAGAUCCAAAUCACAAAGGGUUCACUUACAUAAAAAAAGUGGUUGAAAAACACUGGAACGACUACUCUCAAAACAAUUCACAAAAUCUUGUUCAGUCAAAUUCCAAUGCGAAUUAUAAAUAAAGAAGCAAGUUUGUCUCAAAAAGUCUCUGUUUAUUUUUAAUUGAAAAAUAUUAUCUUCAGUAUCCAAUUGUCGAUCGAUUUUGAUUGUGACGUAAUUUGAUUUUGGGAUCAUUCCCAACGAUAAUUUCCAUAUACACAGUUUGUUUAAGCAGUAUUGAACAAAAUGAAUUUUACAUCGAUUCUUUAAUUGAUUUAACAGAAUUUUUUUGGUGUAUGAAAUAUUUUUCUUAUAAAAUAAAAGAUUUCUUUUUC